AAAGACAUACCAGAGGUUUAUAUGACUAAUAGUAAUAGUUUCUCCUAUUUGUUACCUACCGUCUAUUUAUCAUUGUCUUAGUUAACCAUCUCCACUGUCACCAUUUUGACAUAUACACAAGACCUUUGUGCUUGUAUAUAUACACACUCUCCUGUAUGUAUAAAAAAAACCGGCGACUCUUCUCCCACCUAUUCUCUCCUCUCUGGUUUUCUUUCCCAUGACACUUUUCUAAUUUAUCAUGGCAGCCAUUGAACUCAUGCCUUUCGGCUAUAACAACGGUAACAACAACUAUAUGGACGAGAAAACCGCGGUUCAAGAAGCAGCAUCCGGUCUAGAAAGCGUGGGAAAACUCAUUAAAUUGCUGUCUCAACAGCAACAGCAACAAGGCCAAGUUGAAGAGAAUGAAAGUAGCGAUGAUAAGAAGAUUGAGAUGGAUUGUAGAGCGGUUGCUGAUGUGGCGGUGACCAAGUUCAAGAAAGUUAUUUCUUUACUAGACCGGACUCGAACCGGUCAUGCCCGGUUCAGGAGGGCCCCGGUUUUUUCUAAACCGGUUCCUGUUUCGCCGGAGAAUAAAGUGUAUUGUCCGACGCCGAUUCAGCAGAUUCCGCCGCCAGGGAAUUAUCAGAUGGAUCAGAACAGUUAUGGGGUUUCGAGGAAUGGAGUGAUUGAUCGGAAAGAGUCGGCGUCGAAGACGAUUAGCUUCUCGUACUCGCCGGCGAUUUCACGAGCUAAUUCUUUUAUGUCGUCGUUGACCGGAGAUACGAGUGAGAGUAAGCAACAAAUGUCGUCAUCUUCUGGGUUUCAGGUUGGGAAGCCGCCGCUUUCGGCUUGUUUGAUGAAGAGGAAGUGUAGCUCGUCGGAGAAUGGAGGUUCCGGCAAGUGUAGUGGGAGUUCCGGCCGGUGUCACUGCUCGAAAAGAAGCAGGAAAUUGAGGAUGAAGAGGGUGAUUAGGGUUCCGGCUAUUAGUAUGAAACUUUCCGAUAUUCCACCGGAUGAUUAUUCGUGGAGGAAGUACGGACAAAAGCCGAUCAAGGGGUCUCCACAUCCGAGGGGAUAUUACAAGUGUAGUAGUGUAAGAGGAUGCCCUGCUCGCAAACAUGUGGAGAGAGCUUUGGAUGAUCCUAGUAUGCUAAUUGUUACUUAUGAAGGCGAUCACAACCAUUCUCUUUCACUUCCGGAUUCAUCUCCGGCUCACAUUUUAGAAUCAUCUUAAUUUACUUUCGAGAUCAUGUCAUCGGAGAAUAGAUGAAACUUCCCAUCACCUUGCUAAGUGCGGAGAUGGUAAACAAUCAAUGUAGACUUGUUAGUUAUAUUACUACUACUAUUAUCUUUAUUUCUUUCUUUUUUAGUGAUUAUGGAUUUGUAGCAUUAGAAACAAUCAUUUGUAUGUUUAAGAUCUCAUGGGGGUGUGAACUUGUUAUGGAUGAUUGGUUAAUUAAUUGGUUUCAUGUAAA